CUGGUUACAGGAGGACUGCCUUGCAACAUUUCCGGGGGUGAUGGUCAGUUACUUGAGUUCGGUCGCGCGGGUCGCUGAAGGAUCAUGCUGAUUCUCAUCGCACGGUUAUUAUUUAUGGCGGCGGUGUGGCGUGUGGCAGAAGGGAAGAUACCUCUGCCAUAUGGAUCAGUUGGAACAUGUAACAAUGCAUCCUCCGAAUAUUACGUCAGACACCUGGAACUGUGCUGCAGUAGAUGCAAACCAGGGACUCGUCUGGUGUUUGAGUGCACUAGUAAUUCGGACACCAUCUGUGAACCCUGCCAAGAUGGACAUUACUCAGAAAAUCUGAACCAUUUUCCCAACUGUUUCUCUUGUCGAAAGUGUAGAGAUGUGAAAGGACUGAUUUAUGGCAAAAACUGCUCUGCUGAUACCAAAGCUGUUUGCGUUUGCAAGCCUGGGAUGUUCUGUUCUAAACGUAAUUUCAAUCAAGAAUGUGAGGAAUGUAAAAAAUAUAGAUCCUGCAAACCCGGUGAAUAUGUCGCCAAAGAAGGAUCACCUAUAUCUGAUGUCAAGUGUGCAUUGUGUCCGUCUGGAACGUUUUCAAACCACAGUAAUGCUGAGCGGUGUAAACCACAAACGCAAUGUGAAGGCAGGUCAGUUUUAAGACUUGGCAGCUCUACAACUGACACAUUGUGUGAGAUGACACCACCACCAUCACCCAAGUAUCCUCAGCCAAAACCGAGUAAAUUAUGGAGCCAAACGGAGGAAACACAGCACAUGAACAUGACCACCACCACAUCUCUGCCUCCAUCGAGCAGCGCGACACCAAGCACAUCAACAACACUCAGCAAAAGUCGAUCCCCUGACUCAAAAGAGAUGAUCUACUAUAUUGUCAUUGUUGUGUGCGUGCUGGUUUUGCUGACAUUGGCAGUGACGGUGAUUAUCGCUUGCAAGUUACGAAAGAGGAAAGCAGGUUUACAAAAGGUUCCGAUCACAGAUGCCAACAAGCUGGAGCAAGAUGCCUCAGCGAGCGGCACACCUGAUUAUCAGCGCCUGUUACCCGUCGACAGGUGCCAGAAGGAGCCGUCCAUGACUUCAUCGGACAGCCAGAGUCAGCCAGACUCAAGUCACAGCAGCGCUGACUGGAUGGAGCGCACCAGUCAGGAGGAGUCCAUACCAGAGCAGCCGUCUGUCUCCAACCCCAUGGUCAAUCUCAGCAUCACGGCCACCUUCAACUGCCAGCUGAACCCGACGACAGCGUCCUGCUCCAUCCCUCUCAACACAUCCACACGGACACCCCAUGUUGAAGCUCCGGUGCCGCUUUCUCAAGAAGAGGUCUGUAUAUCCUGCCAGCAAGAGGACGGCAAAGAAGCUCUGCAGUCAGUGCAGGAGAGCGGCCCGUGUGCCUUCUGAUUACACUGAUCAAAUGCGUUUAGAGAAAUGCACUUGCGAGUUCCUAAAUGCAAUGUAAUGUUAAACAGAUAAAAAAAGACAUGUAUUGCAUUAUUUCAAAAAAAAUUUAAUCACCUUAAAAUAAA